AUGGGGAACAUAUCCAGUGGAAAAACCAGGAAGCCAUUGACACUGCUUGAGCUAAGCACAAAGAUUGGCGUGUACCGAACGAUAAAUGAGGGAGACCCUGAGAUGGUGGAAGAUCCAGACUUCCCACGGAAAAUGAUGAACGAAGCAUUAAGCAACAACACAACGAUUGAUGGGAGCACCGUACAAGGCACCUUCGUGUAUUACCCAAACAAAAUGAAGCCAAAGAUGUGGAUAGGGAACUACAAAAUUUUGAAUCCUGAAGAUAUCCUUUGCACAAAUGUGGCCGAGAAAAUUGGGAUGACUGAAGCUGAGUGGAAGAACUACGUCCAGGCGAGAAAAAAAGAACAGGAGCAACCUAGCAAUGUCCAAAUUAUCCCCAACUUCGACUCCUCCCCAGGAGAACACUCCAUGUCUUUCAAAGAAAUUAUGAAGACAGGCACUAUCGCACCUUUUUAUGGCGAGGAUGGACACUUUCCAUCAUACGGUGGAGCCCCAUUCGCCACUGACCCAGCUCGUUCUCAUAAAAAAUAUAAAGGGGAAAAUUAUGAGGACUUUGACCAACAAUCCCACAGUAAGAGCUGCAUUGUGAAAGAUACCGGAGAUGACGAGGAUAUAUAUUACGACAUGAACAGCACAAGAGAAGACGAAGCGGGGAUUCUCCACAGAGUAGAAAACCUAGCGACUGUGGAACAAACAUAUGUCCCGAGCAAACACAAACGGGGUGACCACACUGGGGAAGAAAAACACGAACAGGAAAGGAGAAAAUAUAUAGAAAAAUUAAACAACGAAAUUAGCAACAUAAAUGCAUACCAAGAAAGAAUAAUUAAUGAAAAGAGAAAAGAUCUGUUUGCUUACUCAGAGUCCAACACAAGUCAGCUGCCUCCGCCACAGAAUAGCGAAUCCUUUGGAAUGAAAAAUAUACGACGUUCGACAAAACAGGAUAUGAAAAAUAUAAUCACGGAACUUAUAAAUGAUAACAAUAAAACGGGUACUUCGAAAAUGUAUUCUUUAAGGAAGAAGAAAAAGGAAGGGUAUGUCGAUUUGUCCUCCAUGAGUACCAAGGGAAGUUUGGAAAUGACGACAACCUCUAUUGAUAAAGACCAGUCAUUAAGUAAGACGGUAGACGUCAAGAGGAUCUUGGUGAAGUGA